AUAUAUAUAUAUAUAUAUAUAAAUAUGUAUGUAUAUAUAAUAUACAUGAGAUAGCACCUCCACAUGCAUUUUUCCACCAGCUAACACGAAAUAUUCACACCACACAUACCUAAGUGUAUGAUUAUAAGUAAAAAAAAUGUAUACGUACCCCAGGUAACACAAAUAGCUCAGCUACACACACACACACACAUGUAUCUAUAUGUAUAUAUUAUAUACACUACCCAACACUACACAACUAACAUACAUCCUUAGAAAUCUCACCCUUUAAAUACACACACAUUUAUACUCGAUCACCCUGUUGCCACCACCGCUGCCACCCUAGUUCUGUUGCCUUGUCGUGUCCCCCCGCCCUCCCUAUAUAUAUAUAUAUAUAUAUAUAUAUAUAUAUAUAUAUAUAUAUAUAUAUACACACACCACACACACACUACGCACACACGCAACACCAACACCAAAAUCGUUUAGUGUUUGGUGUUAUGGCGGUGGUUGGCCACAGACACACUCGGCAUAUGAUGGCUUUCCAGGGGCCAGCAGCUACCACUACACCUCAGGCUCCCUCACAACAAGCCAUACUAGCCGCAGUGGCCGUCCCAUACUACCAGGUUGUACCAGCACCCCAGGAUGUUCAACCAGACCGACCAAUUGGAUAUGGAGCUUUCGGUGUUGUUUGGUGGGCACAUCCUGUAGUCACCUCUUCAGCAAGACGUCUGCUCCUUUCUUUCCAUCAUAAUCCCUUUCUCCCGUCUGUACCCAGCUCAGCUGAGGAGUCUUUUUCGCGGGUACUUGGUGACCUCAUUGGUGCUAGUACCAUUAAAAUGCACCCAGUACACUCUGUAGUAAAGUGGUUGGCAUUAGGAAAGGCAUCCAGAUGUAGAAACCAUGCCAAAGGAGACAUAGAACCUGGUGGAGCCCUCUGACUUGUCUCUUGUCAAACUGUCCAACCCAUGCCAGCAUGGAAAAAGUUAUGUUAAAUGAUGAUGAUAUACAAUUAUGUUUGUGUGUGCCCUUGCCUUGACAUCAUAUGAUGGUUGUAAUUGGACAUCGAUGUUUAUUUUGUAGCUUUUGUGAAAAACAUGUCUAGCUAUUAACUUGUUUGGAAACAGGUGAGGGUUGGUGACUGGAAGGGACCCAUGCCAGCAUGGAAAAGUGGACUUUAAAUGACAAUGAUAGUGAUUGGCAAUAUGCAGA